UUUAUUAUUGACUUUGGUUUGUCUGGAAUAGUAAUAGUAGUGAGUAAAUAGGGUUUGUUGACGAAAUUCGAAUUUCCGCCAUUCUUGUUUUGAAAAAAACAAUUAAGCUCUGCCGACCGUUUUAGAUUUCUUUCUUCUCUUCUCUUUUAAUCUUCUUCCUCUGUAAAACUUUUCAAUCACUCACUCUCUUGUUAUCUCAACUCAGAUUUGUCUCAGAUCGGAGAUUUCCUCGUUUUCGACUUUUUUUAGUUUAAAUUUGGGGAUUUCUUCGAUUUCUGAUUACUUCCAUUUCCGAACCUCGCAUCGAGAGAGAGAGAGAGAGAUCGUGAGAUGAUGCAAAGGAGGAGGGUACAAUAGCUGUUUGCUUAGAUAAUGUAUUGGAGUGAAGAUUGCAUAGAAGAAGGCAACGUAUGGGAAUUGGGGUUACUAUUUUUGCUUAUUCAUUGACGAGCUAUGGAAAGUGAGUCUACUACUACAACCAUCUCAACUCCUCAGGAUGGGAUCCCUAAAUCGCGUCACGGGAGGACUAGUGGCCCUGCUAGACGUUCAACUCGAGGUCAAUGGACAGCCGAGGAGGAUGAGGUGUUGAGAAAAGCUGUCCAUAGUUUCAAAGGGAAGAACUGGAAGAAGAUAGCUGAAUAUUUCAAAGAUCGAACUGAUGUCCAGUGCCUGCACAGGUGGCAGAAGGUUCUUAACCCUGAACUUGUUAAAGGGCCAUGGACGAAGGAGGAAGAUGAAAUGAUAGUUCAGUUAAUCGAAAAAUAUGGGCCGAAGAAGUGGUCCACUAUUGCUCGGUAUUUACCUGGUCGCAUUGGAAAGCAAUGUAGAGAGAGGUGGCACAAUCACCUCAAUCCUGCCAUAAACAAGGAAGCUUGGACUCAAGAAGAAGAGCUGGUUCUCAUUCGUGCUCAUCAAAUAUAUGGUAAUAAAUGGGCAGAGUUAACCAAGUUCUUGCCUGGAAGGUCGGAUAAUGGAAUUAAAAAUCACUGGCACAGUUCAGUUAAGAAGAAACUUGAUUCCUACAUGUCGUCUGGCCUUUUGGAUCAGUACCAAGCCAUGCCUCUAGCUCCUUAUGAGAGAAGUUCCACAUUACAAUCAGCUUUUAUGCAGAGUAAUAUAGAUGGAAAUGGCGAAAUAGACAGCCGUCAAAAUUCAAGCAUGGUUGGCUGCUCACUAUCUGCAGGAGAUUUUUCAAAUGGAGCUAUAAACAUGGACCAUCAUUUCUACCCUUGUCGAAACUCUCAAGAGACUGAGCAAGCUGUUUAUCAUUCAGAUCAGUAUUUUUAUCCUGAAUUGGAAGAUAUAUCAGUCUCCAUCUCAGAAGUCUCUUAUGACAUGGAGGACUGUUCACAGUUUCCUGAUCAUAAUAAUGUCUCGACUGCUCCAAGUCAGGACUACCAAUUUGAUUUUCAGGAGCUUUCGGACAUUUCACUGGAGAUGAGACAGGCUAAUAUGUCAGAGCUACCGAUGCCAUACACGAAGGAGAGCAAGGAAUCAACUGUGGAACCUACAAACUCCACACUAAGUAUUGAUGUGGCUACUUACACCAACUCAGCAAACGUUUUGACGCCUGAAACGGAAUGUUGCAGGGUACUUUUCCCUGAUCAAGAGAGUGAAGGGCACAGUGUUUCUAGAUCCUUGACCCAAGAACCAAACGAGGUUAACCAGUCAGACUCCCGAGAUCCUAUUUUGUCUGCAUCAGCUUCAGACAGCCAGAUAUCAGAAGCUACGAAAUCUCCUAUGCAGAGCUCUUCUUCAAGGUUGAAUGCAACAGCCGCCUCAGGCAAAGAAACUCUUCGGCCAGCUCCCUUAAUCAUAACACCCGACAAAUAUGCAAAGAAGUCAUCCGGAUUGAUAUGUCAUCCUUUUGAGGCAGAACCAAAGUGCACAACAAAUGGAAACGGUAGGUUCAUAUGCAUCGAUGAUCCAUCAAGCUUCACUUGUGUUGAUGGAGGAACCAAUAACUCCAGCGAAGAAGAUCAAUCAUAUCAUGUGAAUGAUUCCAAGAAGUUGGUUGCAGUGAGUGAUUUUGCUUCUCUGGCAGAAGACAGGCCACACUCUCCUCCCAAGCAUGAUCCAAACACGACAAGCGAGCAACAUCAUGAAGAUAUGGGAGCAUCGUCAAGUCUCGGUUUUCCAAGCUUGGACCUACCUGUUUUCAGCUGUGAUCUUCUACAAUCUAAAAACGAUCCACUACACGAUUAUAGUCCUCUUGGCAUACGCAAGCUACUGAUGUCCACCAUGACGUGCAUAAGUCCCAUUCGACUGUGGGGAUCUCCCACUGGAAAAAAGACGUUGGUUGGUGCAAAGUCAAUCUUGAGGAAACGGACCCGUGAUUUGCUGACACCGCUAUCUGAGAAAAGAAGUGAUAAGAAACUUGAAACUGAUAUAGCAGCCAGUCUGGCAAAAGAUUUUUCACGUCUAGAUGUGAUGUUUGAUGAGAGUGAGAAUCGAGAAUCUAUCUUUGGAAAUAACACUGAUGUCAUUCUUGGAGAUAGAAUCAAUAGUGGAGAAGGUGAAGAGAACUGGAGGAGCAACCCUUCUUCACUCUUUAGUCACAAAAUGCCAGAAGAAACUGUGCAUAUCAGAAAAUCGCUUGAGAAAGCAGAGCAAACUUGCAUGGAGGCAAAUGUCAGGGAAAACGAUGGUUCUGGAGCUAAUGUCGAAAAUGCUGAAAGUUUCUCUGGUGUUCUUUCUGAGCUCAAUAACUGCAAGCCAGUUCUGUCUUCUCCUCCUGGCCAAUCAGUAACCAAAGCAGAGAAAGCACAAGUUUUAACACCAAGAAACCAAUUCCAGAAAACUUUCAUGGCUAACAAAGAACAGCAUUCCUCUUCAAGUCUUUGUUUGGUCAUCAAUUCGCCUUCUCUAGCGAGAAACACAGAGGGUCAUCUUGUUGACAACGAGACAAGCAAUGAGAAUUUUAGCAUAUUCUGUGGAACUCCAUUCAGGAGAGGUCUUGAAUCUCCCUCAGCCUGGAAAUCUCCAUUUUACGUAAACUCUCUCUUGCCCAGCCCAAGGUUUGACACAGAAAUAACUAUCGAGGAUAUGGGCUACAUUUUCAGUCCUGGGGAGAGGAGCUACGAUAGCAUAGGAGUGAUGACACAGAGAAAUGAGCAUGCAAGAGCAUUUGCAGCAUUUGCAGAUGCAAUGGAAGUUUCAAUUUCACCAACUAAUGAUGAUGCAGAACAGAAGAAGGAAUUGAACAAAGAGAAUAAUGAUCCUCUACUGGCGGAGCGUCGAGUGCUGGACUUCAACGAUUGCGAGUCUCCCGUCAAAGCAACAGAAGAAGUCUCAUCUUACCUCUUGAAGGGGAGUAGGUAAAAAAAUGCCAAAAGCUCAUACAUAAUAUGCAAAUGCAAAUGCACAUACAUGAACAUGUAUAAAUAUGUAUGUGUAUCUUUUAUGAAUUGUCCCUGUCUGGAUCUAUUUCUUUUCUAUGUUUCUUUUUAAUGGAUCAACUCGAGUGAAUUUAUGUAGAUUCUGUGAUCAAUAUAUAAAUAUACAUAUUUCAUAUA